GCGGCUCCGCAGGGCCCCCUCGAGGCCAGGGCCCUCCGCAGACGGGCCGGGCUGCUCUUUCCCCUCUCCGCCCCCGAGCUCCUCCUACUUCUUCGUAGUCCCGCCCACCAAGGAAGCCACUACAGCGCCUGCGCCUUCUUCCCUGCCCCGGCCCCUAUCCAAACCGGAAGUCAACCGAGCUCCCAUAGUGCUUCGCGAGUGGCGGGCAUGGUAGCAAACUCGGGAGGGUCGCUCGCGGGUUCAGGUCUUCAGUGUUGCGGUUGUUCUGUUGUGUCAGGGCGCUGCACGAGAUUGGGGCGUCGGUCAGUGCUUUGUCUGCGGAUGCGAUGGCGCUUCUCCGGGGCGUGUGGGGCGUGCUGAGUGCUUUGGGAAAGUCGGGAGCCGACCUCUGCGCGGGCUGUGGCAGUCGACUGCGCUCUCCCUUCAGUUUUGCGAAUGUACCAAAAUGGUUUUCGUCCAGCUUGAGUGGUUAUCCAAAGAAGCCUAUGACUUCAUACGUUCGAUUUUCUAAAGAACAGCUACCCAUAUUUAAAGCUCAGAACCCAGAUGCGAAAAAUUCAGAACUAAUUAAAAAAAUCGCCGAGGUGUGGAGGGAACUUCCUGAUUCAGAGAAAAAGAUAUAUGAAGAUGCUUACAGGGCAGACUGGCAGGCAUACAAAGAAGAGAUACACAGAAUUCAAGAACAACUAACACCAAGUCAAAUGGUAUCUUUGGAAAAAGAAAUCAUGCAGAAACGUUUAAAAAAGAAAGCAUUAAUAAAAAAGAGAGAGUUAACAAUGCUUGGAAAACCGAAGAGACCUCGCUCAGCUUAUAACAUUUUUAUAUCUGAACGCUUUCAGGAAGCUAAGGAAGGUACAUCACAGGUAAAGCUGAAAACUGUAAAUGAAAGCUGGAAAAAUCUCUCUCAUUCUCAAAAGCAAGUAUAUAUUCAACUUGCUGAAGAUGACAAAGUUCGUUAUCAUAACGAAAUGAAAUCUUGGGAAGAACAAAUGGUUGAAGUUGGACGAGAUGAUCUUAUACGACGCUCAAUGAAAUACCCAGCAAAAAAUGACCCUGGGAAGUAUUAAAAUAGAAGAUUGAGUUAUGUUCGUAAUGGAUAGACACAAGAAACCAAUUAGGUCUCAGUACCCAAAGCUGUUGUAAAAUUAGUGGAUAAAGUUGGUAAACAUUUAUAUUUAAUUCCUUUUCUUUAGCCCAUGGACUUCGGCCAGCCAGUUCAACACAUUUUGUAUUGGUGUCUUGCUUUGGAAAACCCAAACAGAUAAGAGUUCAUGUGGAAUUUAUUUUGUGUUUAGAAACUACUGAGCAUCAAACUAAUCCAUGAAAUGUAGCAGUGAAUCAUUUUACCUUUGAUAAAGGUAGAUCAGACUGUGAAGUUUUUUUAUAGUUGAUGACUAUGGAAAGAAUAUUUUUGUUUCCUUAUAUUAUGGAGGCAGGAGUUUCCUAUUCAAAAGUGUCUCAAAGUUUGUGGAAGCCAUUGUAUUCUGUGAUAUAAUUGUGCAUUUUUAAAAGAGCAUCCAGAACUCAUCUUGGUAAAUUCCACAUCCUGGGUAUAAUUCAUAUUGUAGUCAGAGAUGAUGGUUGUACAUGCAAGGGCUUUCUGGUGUCAGUUGCAACUUUUAUAAAAGAGAGAGGUUUAUAAACCUUUUUCCUCAUUAUCUUUUUUCCUAAAUUAAAAACUAAAAAAUUAUGUACCAAAUCUAUGCAUAUUGUUUCAUAUUGCAUAGGAUAAAAAUUUAAGUGUUUCC